GUCCUCUCGAUCCAGAUGCCAGCCGCAGCUGCACGAACGGCGGCUAAUCAAGCCCGGAAACAUGCUUCGGGCUUCGCUUCAUCCACACUCUGCUCGUGUUUCGGGGGAACCACAAAGGAACCUCCGGAGAUCACUUACCAGGUUGUGGAUGGAAACGGAGCCGUCGCAGGAGGGGGGCUCGGAGUCAUCACGCUGCCUCCUUCGUCCAUGUUGGUCGGAGGUGGUUACGAAGUGCCCCCCAUGCCGACCGACGAAGCAGAAUUGAACGCCAAGUUCGAGGAAAUCGUUGAAGAGCUCGAUCUGACUGACGCGAAGAAAGCGAUCAUGUUCAGUCUUCCUCCGGAGAAAAAAUGGCAACUGUACAUUUCCCGAAAAAUGGAGCAAAUGCAGCAUGCGGUAGUCGGCAACCAUCAACCCGAUGUCUACCUGGAGAAAAUCGUCACCAUCAUGAAGCUGCCGUAUGCCGAUGGCAACGAGGAAGAAUGUCAGAACCGAGCGAAUUUAUUCGAGAGCCUCAAAACAGCCUUGAGGACUCAACCAAACUCCUUCGUCACGAAAUUUCUCGACGACGAAGGACUCAUCCGACUAUUGGACUUUCUCACGGCAAUGGAUCGGGAAACCUUCGAGAGCCCGAUCUGUACUUCUGCUAUCGGAUGUCUCAAAGCCUUGAUGAAUAAUUCGACCGGUCGCUCUCACGUUUUGGCCCAUCCAAAAGCCAUCAAGAUAAUCGCGCAGUCUCUGUCAACGUGGAAUGUCAAAACGAAAAUCGCAGUUUUGGAAAUUCUCGGAGCGGUUUGUCUGGUGCCCGGUGGGCACAAGAAAGUUUUGGAGGCAAUGUAUCAUCUGCAGAAAUUCGCUUGCGAGCGGACCCGCUUUCUGACAAUCAUCAAUGAUCUGGACCGCAGUAUUGGACCUUAUCGAGAGGAUGUGAACCUCAAGACGGCGAUCAUGUCAUUUGUGAACGCCGUUCUGAAUUACGGACCUGGCACGGAACAUCUCGAAUUCAGACUCCAUCUGAGAUUCGAGCUUCUGAUGCUCGGAAUUCAACCCAUCAUCGACAAAUUGAGAAGAUAUGAAAAUGCUCUACUCGACAGGCAUUUGGACAUCUUUGAGAUGGUGCGCAAUGAAGACGAGAGAGAACUUUCAAAACGAUACAACUGCGAUCACAUCGACUCCACGAAACCUCAGGAAAUGUUGGCGUGUCUCGAACAGAAAAUCUCGUUCUCGCCGGCGAUCCCACAUUUCUUGAGCUUCAUGCAACAUCUCCUCCUCAUGCCAUCUAAGGGGAAAUCUGUGGAGCACUGGAUCUUGUUCGACCGCAUUGUACAGCAGAUAAUAAUGCAGGACACUUGUGAGGGAGUCGAUCACGACAUGGCUGUUAUCCAAAUUAACGUUGCGGAAAUAAUAAAACAUCUCGCAAGUGAAGAAGAGCUCCGUCUCGCGAAGGAGAAGGCCGAGCGUUUCGAGAAAGAAAAUAUCGAUCUGUCGACGAGCAUCGCCGGUAAAGAACAACAAUUGGAACAAACCACUCAAGAGAGAGAGGACCUCAAAGCUGCCUUGGAGAAGACGAAAUCUAAAUUGGAAACGGAAACUGUAUCGCAUCUCAACUCUCAGCAGAAGAUACAGGAGCUAGAAUACAACAUUCAACAACUGACGACAGCCCUGCAACAGAGAGCUGCACUCGCUGCUCAAGUGACACCCGCUGGCACGGACUCAACCGCCAGUCUUGAGGGCGGUAGUCAACUUAUGCCCCCACCCCCUCCCCCGCCUCCCAUGAUGUCUGGCGGAUGUGCGAUACCUCCGCCCCCUCCACCACCCAUGUCUGGAGUUCCGGGAGCACCUCCGCCACCUCCUCCCCCGAUGGGCGGUAUGCCCGGAGCGCCCCCUCCCCCGCCAAUGUUUGGCAUGCCGAAAAAAGUGAUUAAGAACGUGCCACAGCCCUCGAAUCCUCUGAAAACUUUCAACUGGUCCAAACUACCAGAGGCUCGUCUCCAGGGAACUAUUUGGUCUGAAGUGAACGAGGAGAAACUCUACAAGGAGAUCGACCUCGACGACGUCGAUAAGACCUUCGCCGCAUUCAAAAAGAACUUGAUCGCCUCCAACGAGGACGUGGCCGAGGUGCAGAGGGGCAGCAAUAAAAUCAAAGAGCUCUCAGUGAUUGAUCCCAGACGAGCACAGAAUUGUCAGAUCCUCCUGACGAGGCUGAAGUUGUCGAACGAGGAGAUCGUUAGUUGUUUGUUAUCGAUGGACUCGAAAGAACAACUUCAGAAAGACAUGAUCGAGCAGAUGCUCAAGUUCGUUCCCACUCUCGAGGAGCGCACAAGUCUCGAGGAGCACAGUCACGAGCUCGAGCUACUCGCGAAAGCCGACCGCUUCCUCUAUGAGGUCGGCAAGAUCGUUCAUUACGAACAGCGACUGAAAACCCUUUGCUAUAAGAAAACUUUCAAAGAGAAACUCAACGACAUCAAACCGAAGAUCGUCGCUGUAACAGAAGCUUCGAAAGACCUCCAACGUUCCCGACGACUUCGACGUCUCCUCGAAUUGGUGCUUGCGUUCGGUAACUACAUGAACCGUGGCGACCGGGGCAACGCGUGCGGCUUCAAAAUCGCUUCCCUGAACAAAUUGAUCGAUACGAAAGCUUCAUCGAACCGCAACUACACCCUACUCCACUACGUUAUCGAGACGUGUCAGAGAAGGUUCCGUGAAGUGCUCAAGAUCGAUGAGGAAAUUUCCAAAGUUCGUCAAGCCCGGAAAGUCAAUUUGGCCGAAUUAACCAAGGAAAUGACAAGCCUCAAGAACGGCCUUGCGGAGGUGCAGCGUGAAAUCGAUUUUCUCCGCGCGCAGGCCGAGCCCAUCCCCGGAGACAAAUUCGUGCCGGUCAUGAGGAGCUUUGUUUCCAGUGCUACCUACAAGUACCAGGAACUCGAUGAAUUAUUCGUGGAGAUGAAGUCGAAGUUCAACGAAGUUGUUAGGCUCUUCGGCGAGGACCCUAGUUCCGUGCAACCUGACGAGUUCUUCUCGAUUUUCGACGCUUUCCUCACUAGCUUUAACGACGCGAAGAACGAAAUCGAUUCAAUACAGAAACGACGCAAGGAAGAAAUGGAAAGACAGAAAGAGCUCGAGGCCAAACGCAAAGAGAAAAUUUCGAAGGAACGUCAAUCGCCCGACGGUGCCGAGGUGAAUCGAAGCGGUUUCGCAGGCCUUCGGAGGAAUUCGAAGACCGGAAACGCUCCUCAGCAGCAAGGGGAAUUCGAUGAUCUCAUUUCGGCUCUUCGAACGGGGGACGUAUUCGGGGACGAAUUCUCUUCGAAAUAUCGCCGGUGCAAGAAACGAUCUACAUCCGUAGAAACCGAGAGGGAAAGAGUUCGCUAA